AUGAGCUCUUCAUCAACUCAACUAGUCCUCACGAAAGGGAUGGGUAUAUACGAUCCGUUCCAUCAAGUGAGCAUGUGGGGGGACAGCUUUAAAGUUGAUGGCAGCCUCAAUUCCAUUGCUUCCCCAAUGUUAAUGAUGAAGCCUAGAAUGGAGAACAAGAAUGAAUGCACUCCUCAUGAAUCAAUGGAAACUUCUGGAGAUGAUCAAGAGACUAAUAGUAAGGUGCUAAGACGUCUAGCUCAAAAUCGAGAGGCUGCUCGAAAAUGUCGGCUGCGGAAGAAGGCUUACGUUCAACAAUUAGAAACAAGCCGUGUGAAGCUCGUGCAAUUGGAGCUGGAGAUUGAGAAAGCAAGGAAACAGGGUCUAUGCAUACGCAGUGCAACAGAUUUCAGUUAUAUGGCACCAUCUGCAACAAUAAACUCAGGCAUAACUAUGUUUGAAAUCGAAUAUGGACAAUGGGUUGAAGAGCAAGAUAGACAGAAUGAAGAACUAAGAAAUGCAUUGCAAACUCAUGCAUCUGAUUCUGAGCAGCUUCAUCUACUUGUUGAGAGUAGCUUGAACCACUACUCAAAUCUUUUCAGGAUAAAAGCAGAUGCUGCAAAGGCUGAUGUCUUUUAUAUGAUUUCCGGUGCAUGGAAAUCAUCGGUGGAACGCCUUUUUCUUUGGAUUGGAGGAUCUCGACCAUCACAGCUUCUAAAUAUCAUUGUACCACAGCUUGAGCCUUUGACUGAUCAACAACUUGUUAGCAUUAACAAUCUCCGGCUUUCAUCUCAGCAAGCUGAAGAUGCUCUCUCACUGGGAUUGGAGAAACUUCAGCAGAGUCUGGUCCACAACAUACCAUCAGAUCCAUUUGUUGUAGGAUACUACGAAUUUGAGGUCGCUGCUGCCAAGGAAAAAGGGGAAGCACUAGAAGGUUUUGUAAACCAGGCUGAUCACCUUAGGCAACAAACUCUGCUUCACAUGUCUCGGAUCCUGACAAUUGGGCAAGCUGCUCAAGGCUUGCUGGCUAUGGGAGAAUACUUUCAUCGCCUUCGCGCUCUCAGUUCUUUAUGGACUGCUCGUUCAUGUGAUCCUGCUUACCCUACUCACCACUCCAAUUGAUACCUCUUUCUUUUAACUUCAACUUCUAUGUGCUGUACACAAAAGUUUCUCUCUUUUGUUCAAUGUGUUUUAUGUAUAUGCUAGUUAUUAAUGCAGCCUACCACCAUGAAGCAGACUUCACAACUAGUGAACAUUGAACAACCUUGUACAUAAACAUUGUACCAUGAUAUCAUCUUCCACAUGGAAUCAUGUAAAAGGAAUUAAUUUCCCCCUUUGUUGUCUUUUGAAAACUUAAAAAAAAUAUGUUGUGUCUCUUUUGUAA